AUGAAGCUUCUGCCGCAAAUCAUCGCCGCGUUGGCCCUGCUUCCAGGCGGGUUCGCUGUGGAUCGCAAGAUGUCGGUCAUCGUCUCCUUUGACGACUCUACACCCGAUUAUAUUGUAGCCGAAGCACGGCAGAAGAUUGUUAAUGGCGGCGGACAGAUAACGCAUGACUAUCAGAUAAUCAAGGGCUUCUCUGCUAUCGCGCCCGAGAAAUCGCUGGAAAUAGUGCAGGCCUUUGGCAGUGAACACAACAUCCAGGUGGAAGAAGAUCAGAUUAUGACGGCCAACAGUGGUUGA